UGUUAUUUGUGCAAUUUGAUUACAAAUAUCUGUUGCUAUAGAAACGUAAACAAUUUGUUUCUUUUCAUGGAGCUGGGAAUUGAAUUUAUUGGGAUCCAAGGUUGAACAUAUUAACCUAUAAACAUUGUAGUAUACGUGAUAAAUUUAAUUCUUAUUUAAUUAUCAUCAUUGCUUUGUGAAAAUACGUUUAGAUAAAAGAAUCUUCUUUGAUAAGGCAGAGCAUAGCCUGGCUCCUAAUAAAUAUUUACUCCUUUGUAUACAUUUGAUUUUACUUCAAAUAGCAAUGUCAACGAAAGUUAUUAUCAGUGUUGAUUUUGAAGUUUAUGGAAGAGUGCAAGGUGUUUUCUUCAGAAAGUUCACCCAGGAACAGGGCAAGAAAUUAGGACUAAAAGGUUGGUGCAUGAACACUGAGGCUGGAACUGUCACUGGAGUUAUGGAGGGUGAACAGAGACAGGUUGAAGCCAUGAAAAAGUGGCUCCAAGAAACAGGCAGUCCGAUGAGUAAAAUUGAUAAGGCUGUGUUUAAGAACGAGAAGAAAUUAGACAACUACACCUACAAAGAUUUUAGUGUCGUUGAGUGAAGUACACAACUACACCAUAAAGUCAAGCCAAUUUCCAAAAUACUUCCAUGUUGUAUUAUUUAUUAAUGUAAUAAAUAUUUAUUUAUUUAUUUUAGAUUAUAAAUUGUAAAUACAUUUUUCUAGAAACAUAA